AUGGAUUUGGCGACCGCGCGCCAAGUCCAUGGAUCGCUAGUCCAUGUCUGCGCGCCCCCGACAACAGGCACGGGCGGGCUCCCCGGAGGAGCGCGCACGACUCCGUCGUUUGCUCCGCUUUUCGCUUCGCUUCGCUUCUCUUCGCUGUCCUCUCUUGGUAUUGCUCGUGCACCUCUUCCCUGGAGCAACUUUCAGAACGAUCGUGGUUUUCGUUGUGCUUGUUGCCGCGCAGCAGGUGCCCCGGUGAGACGGCCAGCACCGAUUGCAGUGCUGCAGGUGCAGGCGGAGCAGUGCCUUGCCUUGUACAUUUCCACUGAGGAGCAGACUUUGUUCGACGUGCUUCUUGCAAUGAGGUUCCAGAAGCGGCAGUUCGAGGAACGGAACAUCCUCAUGGUGCCCAUCCUGGUGUCCUCGGACAGCUGCUCCCUGGUGGAACUGUCUCCGCGUCUGUCCGGCUCCAAGCUCCUCAACCAGUCCUAUGUGGCAGUGCCGGCGCCAAAGAACGACGAGGACCGUGAGGCCUGGGGCCAGCUCCUCGCCCGCGAGUUCUCCGAG